AUGGUUCCCCCACCAUCACCACCACCACCACCACCACCACCAUCCGCACCACCACAACGCCUGGCGGGCAACGUGAGCGGUAGCUUCACGCUCAUGCGGGACGAGCGCGGGUUGGCCUCCAUGAAUAACCUGUACACCCCCUACCACAAGGACGUGGCCGGCAUGGGCCAAAGCCUCUCGCCCCUCUCUGGCUCCGGUCUGGGUGGCAUCCAUAACACUCAGCAAGGGCUCCCCCACUAUGCCCACCCGGGCGCCGCCAUGCCCACUGACAAGAUGCUCACCCCCAACGGUUUUGAAGCCCACCACCCGGCCAUGCUCGGCCGCCACGGAGAGCAGCACCUCACGCCCACCUCAGCUGGCAUGGUGCCCAUCAACGGCCUUCCCCCACACCACCCCCACGCCCACCUGAACGCCCAGGGCCACGGCCAGCUCCUGGGCACGACUCGGGAGCCCAACCCUUCAGUGACCGGCGCGCAGGUCAGCACAGGAAGUAAUUCAGGGCAGAUGGAAGAGAUCAAUACCAAAGAGGUGGCGCAGCGUAUCACUACGGAGCUCAAGCGCUACAGCAUCCCCCAGGCCAUCUUCGCGCAGAGGGUGCUCUGCCGCUCCCAGGGGACUCUCUCGGACUUGCUGCGCAACCCCAAACCCUGGAGCAAACUCAAGUCCGGCCGGGAGACCUUCCGGAGGAUGUGGAAGUGGCUGCAGGAGCCAGAGUUCCAGCGCAUGUCCGCGCUCCGCUUAGCAGCAUGCAAAAGGAAAGAGCAAGAACACGGGAAGGAUCGAGGCAACACGCCCAAAAAGCCCAGGUUGGUCUUCACAGACGUCCAGCGUCGAACUCUCCAUGCAAUAUUCAAGGAAAAUAAGCGCCCAUCCAAAGAAUUACAAAUCACCAUUUCCCAGCAGCUGGGGCUGGAGCUGAGCACUGUCAGCAACUUCUUCAUGAAUGCGCGGAGGAGGAGUCUGGAUAAGUGGCAAGACGAAGGCAGCUCCAAUUCAGGCAACUCGUCUUCUUCCUCAAGCACUUGUACCAAAGCAUGAAGGAAUGACCACGAACUGAAACCUCGGUGGAAAAGCUUUAAAGAAAUAAAAAUUAAACACACAAAAAAAUUUAAAGACCAGGACCUCAAUAUAGCAGCAGGUUUAUACUUAGAAAUAUUUGAAGAAGAAAACAAAGUGUUAUUUAUAGUUCAAAGAAACCAAAGACUUCGCUCACCUGCAGCCUGACUUUGUUCGGAGACACACGCUUCAGCAGGCGACGACUUGGCAAGGGAAUUGAUGAGCGGGGGAAACCACCACUGGGUCUCACGCGUUCAAUCCAUGAUCCUCCUCUCUUGUGCUUGGCUCCUGCGUGGUUUGGAGCCAUUGAAUGGACAUCUUUUUAAGAUCAGACUUUCUCAUCUAGUCCACCACGCCGGGAAGUGUAUGGUGUCUCAAAGCUGUGCAUGCGCGUGGGCACGCGUGUGUAUACACACACACACCACCGCCGCCGCCGCCGCCACUACCACCACCACCACCACCAGUGGUUACGAACUUAGGCAGGGCUGGUCUUCAGGAAGCGUUGUGCUGUCAGGGUACAGCCAACAUAGUUUGGGGUUGUCUGAGUUCAAUGGAGUAAGAGUGUGAUUGCGCUCGCCUAGCCCGUCUAGUUUGAACCUGCCAUGUCCGCCACCUACGCCAAUGCAGAUUCAAACCCAGCAAAGAAAAUUUGAAUGACGCCUAAACCAGUGCAUUCUCUUUGUUUGUUAAGAAAUGUUCAGAUAUUUUUUAAGAAAUGAAACAAGAGUCCAUCCGCUAAAAAGAAAAAAAGAAAAAAAAACCUUACCUAGGUACCAAAGAACACAAUAUUAUAGUGCAGGUAUUUUAUUGCAGUGCUUUUAAUAACCAAAGCUAUUUUUACACAAAAUACUAUGUGAAAUUAUACGUAUGAACUGAUCUUGCUGUAAGACACAUGACACAGACUCAUGACUAUCAUUUAUGAUUCUUGAAGCAUUUGAAAUAUUCGUUUUCAGAAGUAGCAAGAAAGAAUGUAGCUUCGGGGAAGCAGUUACCGAGAGGUCCGUGCUGUGUCCCUGCGCAUGUAGAUGGCCCACUCGAUGAGGCCCAGGCAUCCCUUCGAGAGACAGACAUGAUCCCACAAUCUGCUCAGAGGGGAGAAAACCUGGGCACCCUUCCAAAGUAGAAUCCUAUUUACAAAUGAGCAAACGGAAGUUUAACAGGGCAGAUCACUGAAUUAGAGGUUAUUCAAAGUAAUGCUUUUUAGGUUAAGCAUAAAAGAGGACUCCACACUUGGAUUCAUUUGACCAACAAUUCGUUUUAUGCAUUUGGCACCAAACAGCUUUUUAAAAUACCUUAAGCGCACACAAGUGACGUGAGCUGACCAACAUUUCCAAAAUGAACUACCCAGUAUUUGUAGCCAAGCUGGUUUUAUUGCCAAUCUCAGAUAGUUUAAGAGUUGGACAUCAAUAAAACAUCAGGUGAAACCUCGUCAUAUUGAAAUUGGUGGGACUGCAAAGGAAAAAGACCGGGUCCUGAUGCAGGACGAGGCUUUUGGUUCUACGGAGAGUAAGCUAUUUGUUUCACUAAGCACAGACUUCAAAGAGUGCUACAUUCUUUCUUGCUACUGCAUUAAGCUGGAGAUUUUAUAACAGAUUCCACUCACUCUUUACAGGGACUGAUUAAAAAAAAAAAAAACGAACAAGCUAGACCCGAACUUCAAAAUACAAAGGUUUAGAUUCCUAUAUUUCCCAAAUCCCAGGGCAAUAGAAGGUAAAUUAAAAUAAAAAUCCGAUAACAAAGUUGCUCUAAUGGAGCAUAAGUGAAUCACUUGGUUCCCAGAAAAACUAUCUCUAAAUUCAGUUGAAUUGCAAUUCAUAUAAAUGGAUGCUUUCUGUAUUGUUAGGUAGGGAAAUGGGUACUUAUCGCUAAUUACCACAUGGGAGCAGAAAUAUUAAAUCAUAUCUCAACGAUGAGUUGAUUAUUGACAUCCAAUAAAACAGCUGGAAAAUAAACAAAACCUAGUACCUUAAGAUCAAAUGUCAGCAUCUGGUCUAGGUCUUAA